UACACAGCUCUCCUGACAGCAAACGGUGGUGAGAGGCUGCUACGGAGCCAGGCCAUGCCUUCCUGCUUGUGACAGGACCAGUCGUCCUCCCGUCGGGGCCCAUCGGCACCCCUUGUUUGCCUUUGUCACCGGCAGCGGGGCCGACAUGCGCCUAUGACCAUGGAAAUGAAGGACUCGGGCAGCGUGGUCCUCACAGCCUACCAUCCCCACAGCCCGGCCAGGAUCCCAGGCAUGGAGCAGAACUUUGUGCAGGACAUCCCCCCCAGCCAUUCGCCCACCAGCAGAAAGUCUCUCCCUCGUUGUCGAAGAAUUAACAGGAUGCUUUCCAACGACUCGGCACCUCCUCCUUCAUUCAGUCGCUCCAACUCACAGGCCUCCAUGGACAGCACCUCCAUGGAGGACUUCUGGUGUGAAGUGGAGAGCAUCAAGGAGAGCAGUGAAGAUGGAUCUGAAGAAGCAACGCUCUUGGAGUUCAAACCUGCUGAUGAAGGGGAGCUGGAGGCAGAAUGGCUGCAAGAUGUAGGUUUGUCUACGUUGAUCUCGGGAGCUGAAGAGGAGGACGGCCAAGCCCUGCUGUCCACUCUGACCCGCACUCAAGCUGCUGCUGUACAGAAGAGGUACAACACCUACACUCAAACCCUGAGGAAGAAGAACAAGCACACAGUCCGGGAUGUGCGAGACAUCUUUGGCACCAAUGACUCUUCUCCCACAUUUGAGACAGUUCCAGUGUCACCAGUUCCUUCUAAUGGUAUCCAGCUUCCUGGGCAGAAGCCAGUUUGGAAAUCAGUUAGCUCUAAUAGUUGUCUAGACUGUGGACAAGAUAAAGGCAGCACAUCUGUAACAGAAGAGCUCUCCUAUGAGGUCUCUUUCUCAGAAUCCAUUAUGGUCCUUCCAAAAAGCCAAGAAUGGCCGAAAAACCAGAGGUUCAAAAAGGAAGACUCUGCUUUGCCUAAAUUCAUCGUUCGGAAAAGCCGGUUUGGACUGACAGAGGUUGGAGACCUAUCUCCUGAAGACAUGAAGAAGAUCCGCUACCUCUCCCUGAUUGAGCUAACGGCCUUCUAUGACGCACUGGGGGUGGAGCUGAAGAGGAACCGCGCAGAGAGGGUGCGGGGACGAGAAAAUGGUCUGUUUGGAGUCCCUCUCAACGUAUUGCUGGAGAAUGAUCAAAAGAAGGUUCCUGGAAUAAAAGUUCCCCUCAUCUUCCAAAAAUUGCUGCUCAAGCUUGAGGAAACAGGUUUAGAAACUGAAGGAAUUCUACGAGUGCCUGGAUCUGCCUCCAGAGUCAAGAAUCUCCACCAAGAACUUGAGGCAAAAUUUUAUGAAGACACUUUUGACUGGGACCAAGUACGAAAUAAUGAUGCAGCCGGACUGCUGAAAAUGUUUAUAAGAGAACUCCCAAGCCCCCUCUUCACAGUAGAAUAUCUGCCUGCUUUCAUCACGCUAGUGGAAAAAAUCUCCAAGAUCAAGUUACAGCUACAAGCUUUGCAUCUGUUGAUCAUGCUGCUGCCUGAAGCUAACAGAGACACGGCCAAGGCCUUUCUUCAGUUCCUGAAGAAGGUGGUUGCUAAUGAAGGGAAAAAUAAAAUGAAUUUGUGGAAUGUUUCCAUGAUUGUUGCACCAAACCUUUUCAUCUACAAAGGGAAACGUGCAAACCAACAAGAAAUGCAAGCAGCCGCCACCACAGCGCACAUCGUGCGGCUUUUAAUUCGGUACCAGGACAUCCUGUGGACAGUCCCAUCCUUCCUGAUUUCCCAAGUGAGAAAAAUGAAUGAGGCAGCAAUGAACAACAGCAAGAGGCAGUUAAUGUUUGACAAAGGAGUGAGAAAACUUCUGAGAAGAAAGACCAUGGAACGGGAGAGACCUGAAAGACCAGAGGGAGCUGUCACUUUUCCCCCAUACCUGCAAUCUGACAUACCCGAGGGGGUGAUAAGAGUUUAUGCACCACUACAUUCAAAAGUCUCUAUGGCAAUUCAACUCAACAGCCAAACAAAAGCCAAAGACAUCCUGGCGCGAUUCCACUGUGAAAACAGCCGCAGUUCAUCACAGAACGUGAGAGGCCAGAUCCAAAGUUUACAUGAAAUUGGAGGAAAUAUAGGUCAGCACUGUUUGGAUCCGGAUGCGUACAUGUUAGACGUUUACCGUGCAAAUCCUCAGGCAGAAUGGGUGAUAAAGCCAAAAGCAAGCUGAAGCAGGAGGCUGUUGGCGUACUGGACAAAAGCCAAAUAGACAAGAGCGAUGCCUGUCAUUUUAAGAAGAUCUUGGCAGAGAUGAAACAAAAUGGUAGCUACGGGAUAACAUUCCUUCCUACUGUACUGUCCAACUGAUGUUCGCCACGUACUACUUUUGGUAUAAGCAUUAUCACUCCAGCUUCUGGACCAUCUGAAAAUACCAGUUAUGCUUUCAUAUGGGUUACACUCGUGCCAGUUGGCCCAGGAGUUGAGGAGGGUGGACUAAGGUACGGUGCGCAGAAAACAACCUGUUGCUUGUUUCCUGACCCGGUGUUAGAACGUGAGUUUUUGGAAAGAAUCCAGCGGCAUCCGCGGAUGCGUGAAACACUACCGACCACGGCGUAACACAGAGACGUUCACGAAGAGAAGGUAUCUGUCAAGCGUGGAAGAGAGGAGUUCGACCUGCAGCGGUGCCAAGACGUAGCUGUGUGACAAAAUCAACCCUUUCUGCUGAAAGUAAACCUGUACAGUCUGCAUUACUGCAGUAUUUAUGUCCCUCAGUCACUCCUCACGAGUACCUGACGCUGGGGGAGGGAGGGAGGCGGGAGGAAGAACUACUGUAUAGACAGCUAUACUGCUUUAUGUAUGUACCACUGUAUAUAUUACUACCUGUCUUCCAAAAUCGUCCGUCUGCGUGCAAUUGUAGCACCACAAACCGUUUUCUCCUUCCUUCCCCUGUCAUACACACAACUUUCGGGAGACAAAAGCUAGGCAAGAAGGGGCUUCUUCCCCUGGAUCUUUUACUUGAUACUCUCAGAUUUAAGUCUGUGUAAUGCCAUAAUAUGAGAUACGUGUUAAUGGUGCCACUUACAGCCAUCACCUUUUUUGUUAAACAUUAUAGUUUCUUUGUAACCUAAUUUUUUUUUCUUUUGUUUAUUUUAGAUUUAAUAUGUAAGCAACUUUUAUAUUAUUCAGUUGCAUUGAGAAGGGAGAUCUUUGUCUGGAUCUUGGAUAAUACAGCCGGGAGAAGCAAAAGAGCUUCCAAUGAGCAGAGGGAUUUAUUACUCUUAUUUAACAUUUCAACAUUCGGGCCUUCAACCCAUUGCCAAACCAGGCCCAGUUGUGCUGGGGGUUUUACAAAUACAUAGCAAAUUGCAGCUCCUUUUACAGAUGGCAAGCAGUCUAUGAAAAUGCACAGGCUGACAAGAGAACAGGGGGCUGCAACUGCAUUGGGAACCCCGCACAGCAUACGUAGGACGGUAUGUCUCGUUUGUAGCCUGUCACAAGCACCAUUCUUCACCCAGUCCUCUCAUUUGGGGCUAUACUUUAUAGAACUUGAGUGUGUUUGUUGAGUAGGGAAAUCAAAAGUCUCUGGAAAACAGCAAGUUUUUUUUUUUCAUCUUUGUCUUAUGCAAAAAAUGGGAACUAACGCCUUUAACCGCACUGCAAUGUCUCCGCUAUUGGAUGACGAUAUUGCAUGAGGAAUUCACCCGCAGGCCGAGCAGUGGGGUUUGCGCCUGAGCUGGAUACACAGAAGAGGCAGAAGCUGGUGCUCUGUUUACCAGGUAGCAACACAAAAGCGUUCUGAACCAAGUCCUCCAGGUGAACGAGAAGUACACUGUCCUGCAGAGAACGCCUGUAACUUGCGAUGCUCUGCUGAAGCUGUGUGAUGAAGAUUCUCACAUUCUAGAAAGCCGGGUUCUGGGCCAAAGUUAAUCAUGUUCUCCAGUAGCUAACUUGCAUUGUUGGUGUUCAGUGACAGACAUCAACAUCGAAUCAGUAAUUUUACCAGCAACAAUAAUGCCUACAGAGGGCAGAACCAGUCUUUCUUUCUUAUCUGAUAAAAAUGGUAAUAUUUAGCAACAUUACUUUUUCAUUUUCUUUAAAACAGUGAAAUCUUUAACUUUUUUUUUUUCCCCUCCCUAACACUAAUGGAUGCAUAGUCUCAGCCAGGAAAAGACCAGGACAGCUGUGUUAUAAAAUACUCUGCUUAUUUUGACAACUAUUUAUUUUAAGUAUAUGAGAGAGAGUAAACCUCUGGUUUGUUCAUAGGACUAAGCAAAAACGUUUUGCCCAGUGCUUUGUUCCCGAUUCCCUUUAUUUCCCUCUGUGGCAACAGAAAACUCUUUCUACUACGCUGCCCUUUUCUUUUAGCUGUAAAACAGGACUAGUACUUUCCUUAUAAAGGUAACAUGGGAAUUAGUCGAGUUAAAUUCUGCUCUCAGAUGCAGCCAAACCAUUCCCUGAGCAGAACAGGAGUUAUAAACAUCCACGUAGGAAGGACAAACUCAGCAAAGGGAUUUUAGGUGGAAAGUGCUUUGCACAUGAGGAGUAUCAUAUAAAUGCUAAGCAUCAUUGUAUUUAUAGCCAACGAAAGAGCUUUUAUGACUAUACAGAAAGCCUGAACGUUAACUGAAGAAUCUGAAAUGCCGCAGCAAACGAGAGAACUUUCUACAGUACUUUCAGAGAAACACAUUGACCUCCUCCGUCUUGCCCACUCACUUCAGUCUGCGCUCUCAACGGCCGUGCGAGGGAAAGCACAGAGCACCCACGUGCUCACACGGUAACUUGCUCAGCACGUUCUGGACCCUGAAGGGAGGACUUCAUCAAAGUUAUCUCCGAAACAGAUCGCACUGUACUCCGUACAGGAUAGAAGGGGGUUUUGAAAGACUUUCACCUUUUACCACUUUGCAACUUAGGAAAGCCAAAUCUAAAGUAACGAAACCCAUCCUGUGAACAUUCGUUUUAUACUAAAAUUGACUAUAACUUUCUAAGACAUGCAUAUCAGCAGGUGAACUAUAUUCUACGUACAGUGCCCAGACUACUACAGCAUGGCCAAAUACCUGCUGUCUCUGAAAGAGAAUGGCAAAACUCUUUUUUGAUACAAAUGGACCUAAUGACCCAUGUGUACCGUGGUUAAUGCUGUUACACAUUAAGUUGCUUUGUGUUGUCGUGGUACACUAACUUGAUUUAAUAUGCAGCAGACAAACUGAACAAUCUCUAUGACAUUUUUGAAUAUGAGGUCUGAACUUUAGGCCUUAUAUUUCAAAAUGCUGGUGGAGCCGCCUGGAAUUUUGUUCCUCCUAACAGCAGUUGAAGUCAAAACCAAGUUAUGAUAGGAUUGUCACCUAACAAAAAAGCAACAUAUGUGGAAAGCUAUUAAUAAAAAAGUCGUAGCAAGCAGGGAAACUUAUUCAGCAAACACCAAAGAUGCCUCAAGCAUUUAUGCACUCCGUGGUUCUACAAAGACAGCAUUUUGCCUAUCAACAGAGAGAGAGAGAGAGAGUAUUGCAAGAAGUAGGUAUUGGAAACAGCCUGGAAUGCUCCAACCUUUUUAUGCAGCUAACGUCAUUAGAAUGUGUGCGUGUGCGCAAAUGUGGCAGUGUCUAUGUAUGAAAUUAACUACCUCACUCUGCAUUUUCCAGGAAAAAUAUUUUGGCUUAAGAGGUUUAAUACUCCAAAACUUUCUAUUAUUAAUUUCACCUCUCUACUAGUCUUUUAUAUUGAUAAAGUAUUUCUCCUUUAAUUUGAAAAGUACCAAAAAAAAAAAAUAUUAAAAGACAUUUUCAGCAUAUGCAUGAAAUUUUAUCUAAACCGUGUUGCCUCAAUUACUGCUUGUAAUGUGAACCUUAUGAGAUCAGAUCUUGGGGUUAAUAGGUAACAAACACAAAGACACUGUGUUUCCGUUUUUAUUUUUCAAUGGCUUUCCAUUAACGUGUGUCUUCUCUGGCAAAUCAUACGAUGCCACUAAUCAAAGCAAAAUGUUUGUAUGUACGUUUCCCUUACAAUCCUCAUUAUGUUAUGUCUUUUGUUGAAGUAAGCCCACACGUAAGUGCAUUUGUACAGUAGAAUGUGUCCAUUGUAUUGUAGCCAUGUCAAAAAUAAAAACAAUACCAACAAAGCAAGCUCUUCAUAUCUAAACACGUGGUUUUCGGAUAGAAGCAGGUGACAGAAACUGCAAAAAGCAGUGGUGAAUCUGUCUUAAAAGCAACUCUGUUGUUACAGCACCUGAACAGCUAGGUACACAAAGGACCGCACUUGCUCUAGUGGAGCAGUUCUUUGCUCCGGGAGCUUUCUCUUGGGCUACCUCCAUGCAAGGUACAAAAUGACACUGCUUGGAAUCCUGCCUCGUUGAAAUCAAUGACAAACUGCUUGCU